GCAAGAGAUAGUUCUAUUGGAUAAUGAAAUAUCCUUCAAUGAGGCCAUGAUUGAAGAAAGAGAUCAGGGUCUUAGGGAGGUGGAAGAGCAAAUUGGACAAAUAAAUGAAAUAUUCAAGGACCUUGAUGUUCUGGUUCAUGAUCAGGGGAUUGUUAUUGAUGACAUUCAAUCAAAUAUAGAUACUUCAGCUAGUACAACAGCUCAAGCUAAGGUCCAGCUAGCCAAAGCUUCCAAAAGUGUGAAAUCCAAAACUUCAUGGUAUUGGUGGGUGCUUGCAAUAUUUAUAGUGGUGGUGAUCAUUUUAGUUAUUGCACUCAUUAUUUAGUUUGAAGGCCUAUACAAGUUGGACUUUUUUUUUACUCCCUCAUUAUUAUUUUUACCCCAUUGAUUUAAAUUGAUGAAUUUUUUUCAUAUUCGGAUGGUGUGUUGUGUUGAAGAAUGUAUUUUGCGGCCCUCCACAUCCAACAGCUGCUAGCAGUUUUAUAUCUUCAUUGAGCAUUAGCUGCUAAAAGUUGGAAGAAGUGACUUUAGGUCAAGCGAUUUUAAGAAAAUAUGUCCUCUAUUUUAAUAUUGUAAUACAUAGGAUUUGUAGUUGCUCUUGAAAUAUUAGCUUGCAAACUAUAACAAAUUACCAAAUACUUAAUAGUGAACUGCAUGUGUGUAGUUUAACACAGUCACUGUA